AUGCUCAAAUCAACACAUAAACCAUCAGCAGCCGCCCUGGCGCCGCUGCCUCCAGGAUGGACCGAACACACGGCGCCGACCGGCCAUACAUACUACUACAAUGCCGAGACGAAAGAGUCAACAUACAAGCGCCCAGGGACCGAGCUCCCACCACCACAGCCGGCGCAACCACCAGCAUCCGCCUAUCCUGCUUAUGGCUCUAUGCCUUCCCUCGCCGAUCCCAACGUCGCCAAUGCCUAUAUGGCGCAACUCAACCAAACGCAACAUGGAGGGCCGCAGAAUCAUCAGAGAGGUGGUCAUGGAGGAGGUCGUGGAGGUUUCGAGGGUCGGCCGCGCCCACAGCCAGUCGACAAGCCGAGAAGGAAAGAAGCGAUUCCAGGUUGCGAACCGUGGAUCCUAGUAUACACCAAGUACUCGAGGCGAUUCGUGUACAAUCCGGUCAAGAAUGCCAGUUACUGGCGCAUUCCAGAGAAGCUGAUGCCGGCAAUCCUGGAGCUUGACAAGGAACGGCUUCGCAAGAAAGCAGAAGGACUAUCUGUGGAAGAGCCAGAGGCCAAGAAGGAUGAAAAGGAGGACGAGCCCACAGCGGCAUCUAUGACAGAAGUACCAGGCCAAGAGAACGAUGACGACAGCGAAUACGAGGAGGUCGAGGUGACAGAUGACGAAGGCGAAGGCGAAGGCGAAGGCGAUGAUCGCCCAUCGAAACGACAGCGAACCGAAGAAGACGCAGCCGAGGACGAUGACGAGGACAUGCCGAUGGAGUUCACAGAAGCGGAUUUUGCGGCGCAACUUCAAGCUAUGGGGGAGGACUAUGGUCUGGAACCCGGCGACUACGAUGACGGCAACGCCGAGGAAUGGCCUGAAGGCGCUGAAGGCGUACCAUUUACACAAGAAGACGCCAAGGCCCUGUUUAAGGAUCUGCUCAACGACUUCAACAUCAACCCCUACAGCCCAUGGGAGAAACUACUGGAAGAAGGAAAGAUCAUUGACGAUUUGCGAUACACCGCCCUGAGCACUACCAAGGCACGACGGGAAUGCUGGGACGAGUGGACACGAGAAAGGAUUGCCGAGCUAAAGGAGCAAAGGGCCCGACAGGAAAAGAGGGACCCUCGUAUUGCUCUCCUGGCCUUCCUACAAGAAAAGGCAACGCCGAAGCUUUACUGGCCCGAGUUCAAGAGGAAAUACAAGAAGGAGGAAGUGAUGAAGACCCUCAAAAUCACUGACAAGGAUCGCGAGAAGUUAUACCGAGAGCACAUCAGCCGACUAAAGAUGCCACAGUCAAAGCUCAAGUCGGACCUCACUGCCCUGCUCAAGGCGCAGCCCAUCCGCCUCCUUAACAACAAGUCGUUAUCGACCGGCUUACCUGACGCCAUCCUUACUGAUAUUCGGUAUAUAUCCCUUGAGCCCCAGGUUCGCGAUCCUUUGAUCGAGGCUUACGUGAGCAACCUGCCUCCGCCACCCGAGGACCCAGGCGCAGCCAAGGACGACGAGGAGAGGAAGAAGCAGCAGGAGGCGCGCGAGAAGCGUCAAAAGGCACUCGAAGACAGGAAUCGGGCCGUUGAGGAACAGAGGAGGAAGCGGGACCGUGAGGUUGCAGUCAGCAAGGCCCGGCUGAGAGAGGAAGAGAGGGAACUGGAGAUGGCGAUGAAUGUGGGGAAGCAAGGAUUACAGAGUCAAUUGGCCAGCAUGAAAGAAACUGAGAAGGAAUCUUCAUGA